AUGGGACCCGAUGGUGUUUAUGUUGAAGCUAGAAAUUAUAGCCAGGCCAGAGCCCUUCGCCUGAUUGGCAGCAAGUGUUUACAGAUUGCAAGCAGGAUUACAGAGGCAAAGGGAGAGAUCUGGUGUUUAAAACAGCAGAUCGCAGGAAGAAAUAGCCAGGGAGGCAAUAAAGCAUGUAUUAAGCGAAAGCGACUUUGGAUUGAAGAAGGCGCUCAUGCUCUGGCCUAUAUCGCUCUAUCGAAGCCUCUAGUUUCUCAGGUCCUAUUUUUGAUGUAUCAUUUCUUUGCUGCAACUGAGAUAUAUAAUGUGAUCCGUGUCUUUAUUGCUGCAUAUGUUUGGAUGAUUGGAUUUGGCAACUUUUCCUACUAUUACAUCAGAAAAGAUUUUAGUCUUGCACGUUUUACUCAGGUGAAUUUUUUUUUAUUUCAUUUCCAUUUAAUGUGGUAUACCGAUCCUGCAAAGCCAGAUCUCUCUCGGCUGCAUGAGUGGCAUUUCAGAUCUGGACUUGAUCGUUAUAUAUGGAUCAUUGGAAUGAUAUAUGCAUAUUGUCAUCCAAAUGUUGAGAAGUGGAUGGAAAAAUUGGAGGAAACAGAAACCAAGAAGAGAGUUUCAAUCAAAGGGAUUGUAGUUGCUGUUUCCGUAUUUGUUGGUUAUUUAUGGUUCGAGUACAUUUACAAGCUCGACAAGGUUUCAUAUAACAAGCUCCAUCCCUACACCUCAUGGAUCCCUAUAACAUGGCUUGGAAAGGUUACUCUUGAAACCUACAUUUCUCAGUUCCACAUCUGGUUGAGGUACUUCCUACUAUAUAAAGUUUCUUCGGAGUAUACCACAUGAUCCAGUGAUGACAGAUUCGAGUUCGACUACAAAAUUUUAGAAGUGUUUUUUUUUAUUUUUUAUUUUGUGAUGUACUACUUUUAUAUAUUAGCUUAACUUUUUAGUUAAUAUUUUAGAAAUGUUUUGUAUUGCACUUAAUUACUAAUUACUAAUGUAAUGAUAUUAAUAUUUUGUGAA